AUGGGCCUGAAAGGGAAUCCAUGGUAUCCAUUCAGUGAUGAGGAGGAGUGGGGACUUGCAGAGUGGCUGAUGAAGAGUGUUAAUAAAACUGCUACAGAUGAAUUUCUCAAACUCACCAUUACUAAAAAUUGCACUCAGCCUAGUUUCACGAGCACCUACACAUUUCAGAAGAGACUUGACAAACUUCCAAAAGGUGCUGGCUGGACCUGUGACAUCAUCACAUCAAUGGGUGAUCGAAGAGAUGGCAAUGAUGAGCUACUCACCAAAAAUCAUGAACUUUGGCACCAGGACCCUGUAGAGUGUGUGUGCGAGCUGAUUGGGAACCCUGUGUUUGAGGAAUACCUUGCAUAUGUGCCAGAGAAAGUGUUUGCUGAUGCUGAAGGCAAAACACGAGUCUAUGAUGAGAUGUGGACAGCUGGUGCUGUUGUGGCACCAGUGAUCCUUACAUCCGACAAAACAAACUUGACCCAUUUUCAUGGGGAUAAAGCUGCCUGGCCGAUAUAUCUCACUGUCGGAAAUAUCCAGAAGGAUGUCCAUCGUCAGCCAUCAAAACAUGCUACAGUGCUGAUAGGAUACUUACCUAUCUCCAAAAUGCUCCAUUUCAAAGAUGAUGAAGGACAUCAAUUGGGUCGCUAUUGUCUAUUCCAUAACUGCAUGUGUUUGCUCAUGGAACCACUCAUCAAGGCUGGUCAAAGUGGAGUUGAGAUGAUCUGUACUGAUCGGAACAUUCGUCAGAUAUUUCUGAUUCUUGCAGCAUACAUCACGGAUCACCCUGAGCAAUGUCUCAUUGUGUGCUGUAAAGAAAACCACUGCCCCUGUUACCACCACAACUCACCUCUCCAAAAUGUUGAUGAGACUCGCACAACUCUCAGACAUCAUCAAAAUGGAAAAGACCCUUACCUCUUUGAAGAUCAAGGCCUUCAUGCAAUCCAUUAUUUUUUCUGGGUGUAUCUCCCACACACCAAUAUUUUUUCAUGCAUCACUCCUGAUAUCCUCCACCAGUUACACAAGGGAGUGUUCAAAUAUCACAUUUUUGAUGCACGGUUUCAAUUCCAUGGACUACGUCAUUUCAAGUGGGGAAUUUCAACCGUCUCUCAAUGGACUUGCACCAAGCAUAAGGAGAUGCAGCAUGUCAUUUUAGGUGUGAUUGCAGGUGCUGUGGAACCCCGCGUGUUUCAGGCUGCGCGUGCUGUCCUUGAUUUUAUUUACUAUGCACAGUAUCAAGCCCACAUGGACAUGACCCUCAUGCAAAUGCAAGAUGCACUAGAUAUUUUUCAUGCUAACAAGGAAGUUUUUGUUGAGCUGGGCCUGCAGGAACACUUCAACAUUCCCAAAGUCCAUUCUAUCGCAGAUGGCAAUGAAGUCAAUUAUGUCACACAGAUGACUCACUGGCUCGAACUUCAAGAGGCCGACAAGGACCACAAGGCUGCAAGCUUGGAGAGUGGGACUGUGGACUCAUUACUGUCUCAAUUUAUUCCAUCUGGUUUGCUUACCUCACAUGGCUGCUGUGUUGCCAAGAGCUGCCCUUUUCCAAAUGUGUCUGUGUCUCAUCUGCAAACCAUUUUUGGUGCUAUCGACUUCAUACCUGCACUUCAAACUUUCCUCAACCAUCACUUUCCCCAUUCUUCUAAAAGUCAUGUCAGCAACCUCAAAUGGUUGAAUUGUGUUCAAGCUCAUCCACCUAUUCCCAAUCGUGACCAUCACAAGCCUGCUGCGCCUGCACACUUUGAUGUUGCUUUUACACUUGCAGGCUUGCAGGUUGCACAGAUACAUGUGAUCUUCAAAUUACCAUCUUACUAUGGUAACUUCACUCACCCGCUCGCAUAUAUUGAAUGGUUCUGCCCCCUCUAUGACCCAGAAUCCACUAUGAAUCUUUAUUGGCUGGCACGUUCAACUUAUGUUUUGCAAGCAGGUCAUCUGAUGCCCAGGUUUGGAUCAGGCAAGGUAGACACAUCAUGGAUCAAUGGUGAUGUUCUUGAGCUUGCUGAUGAGUUUUAUAUCAAUCCUUACAUCAAUUUUAACUUAUUUGAUACAAUACAGCAUUUGUAA